AUGACAGAUGCUUUCUUUACCUAUCAAAAGAAUGUGCUUCUGGCGAAGAGCCCGUCCACCCAGAUAGAAGGUGUCUUUGCUGCAACCACAGGAAGAUCGGUCCCAGAAGAGGAAGAAGCCCUUCUCCAGCAGUGGCUGGAGGAAGGAGCAAGGAGUUUGCCAGCCAGUGAGAGUGUUCCAGCAGUGAGGAAAGCAUCAGUUACACUUACUAGUGACUGGUUAGAAGGUUCAGAGCUAUUGAUGACCAGCCUCAGUGACCUGAAUACGUCUCCGGAAGUCACCUGGUGUGCUGACCAGCAGCACUCAGAGCUAAACGCCUUGGCUUCUUCAGAACUGCAAGAUCAUGCUGAACUGGCAAGAUUACCAGCAGAGGAAACAGUGACUGUAGCAGGCAGUGCCCCUUGGGCAGCUGUAGUGCCACAGACAGAUCACCAGGCAGCUGGCUGUGCUGGUAUCAACGUGGAAGUGCUGAAUGAUGACCCAGCUGUGCUGGCCUGGAGUUUAGCAUGUGAUGCAGAGACAGUGCCACCAGUGCUGCCAGCCCAGCCCAUUCAGGAUACAGUGCCAUUUUAUCCUGUCCCAACAGAGGUGCCCUACCAUGAGAUCUUAUGGAGAGACUGGGAGGAUCUUUCUGUCCAGCCCUCUGUCUUAGAGCAGGUCUCAAAAAACACUCCUCUCUUUGAAUUUCGAGUCAUGUCAUACAACAUCCUUGCCCAGGACCUGGUGGAGCAGGGCCUUGAUCUCUAUGUACACUGUCAUCCAGACAUCCUGAACUGGAACUACCGCCUUCCAAAUCUUUUGCAGGAGAUCCAGCAUUGGGAUCCUGAUAUUCUGUGUCUCCAGGAGGUGCAAGAGAACCAUUACUGGGAGCAACUGGAACCAACAUUCAAGGAGAUGGGCUUUGCAUGCUUCUAUAAACGGAGAACUGGGACAAAGACAGAUGGAUGUGCAGUGUGCUACAAGCACAGCAGGUUCCAGCUGAUCAGCCUCAGCCCCAUAGAAUACUUCCGGCCUGGCCUGGACGUCCUCAACCGGGAUAAUGUGGGCUUGGUGCUGCUGCUACAACCUGUGCUUCCAGAGGGUCUAGGUCUGAAGGCAGUCAGUCCUUUGUGUGUGGCCAACACUCAUGUGUUGUUCAAUCCCCGUCGAGGAGAUAUCAAACUGGCCCAGGUGGCCUUGCUGCUAGCAGAGAUUGACAAAAUUGCAAGAACUACUGAAGGCAGCUACUAUCCUGUCAUCUUGUGUGGAGACCUGAACUCUGUACCUGAUUCUCCACUCUACAAAUUCAUCCGGAAUGGUGAACUCUCCUACCAUGGGAUGCCAGCCUGGAAGGUGUCUGGUCAGGAAGACUUUUCCCAACAAUUGUAUUCACGGAAACUGCUGGCCCCACUGUGGCCAAGUUCACUGGGUAUAACAGACAAGUGCCAGUAUGUCACCCUGUGCCAGCCAAAGAAACUUGGGAGACGUGAAUACAGCCGUGACUUCCUGCUCCAGUUCCGUUUUUGCGACAUUGCCUGUGAACGACCGCCACAGCUGGUCCUCUUGGAAGGUGUGACAGAUGCUAAACCAGACUGCCCUGCACACUGGCCCAAGCCUGCUGCCAUGGUGAAAGACCCUGAUCCCCAGCCAUUCAUCCCAAGGUGUUCAGGUGUUAUCCAGCAUGGCCUCAACCUGACCUCUGUCUACAGCCACUUCUUGCCACAGAGGGGACGCCCGGAGGUCACAACAAUGCCCAUGGGCCUUGGAGCCACCGUUGAUUACAUUUUCUACUCAGCAGAGCCUGUGGAGAACAAGGCGGGUCGCAGGCUGUAUAAAGAUGGAGCCCUGAAGCUGCUUGGCCGACUUUCUCUUCUCUCUGAAGAUGUCCUCUUGAUGGCAAAUGGCUUACCAAAUCCUUUUUGUUCAUCUGAUCAUCUCUGCCUGCUGGCUAGCUUUGGCUUGGAGAUCUCCAGCCUCAGAGAGAGUUAGUGCUGGUUUCCUUUCCCUAAAGAAAAGCUGUUCUGAGUAUAGCAGUUGAGACUCUGGAUUGCACAACCUGCUUGCAAGAAAACCCUUUUCCUUGUCAUGCCCUAAAAGUCCUUUUCUCCCCUCACACCCUCACUAAAAGUAGGGAUGGGAGAGAUGGAGCUCUUUUUGGAUUGGUAUUUUCUGUGUCUCUGCAAACCUGAGCUGUGUUCCUAGUGGGCUGUCAGAUGUAUUCAGGCAUUAGCAUCUCUUAAAGGGAUCCUUGUUCCACUGCCUUGUUUAGCAGGUGUUUUUGUGCUGCAGGAACCAACACAACUCCCAUGUGUAUUUGUCCCUAUGUGAAAUUUUCAAGGACUGGAAAAGAGAGGGGCAAUGCUGUCUACUUUUGGUUAGUAUAGUUGCUACCAAGGAGCAUGGGAUGUAUAUGCCAAUACUCUUUCACACCAAAACAAUAGGUCUCUUAAUUUCUCAGUAAUAGUUUAGUACUUUCAGGGCUAGUUGUUGUGUUGCAUUUUAGAUUGGAUCUGCUAACUGAUUAGAAAUGUCUUUUACUUAAUGAUCUGUAAGGGCUGACUUGCUGACAGAAGGGUUUGUGUGGUGUAACAGUUUCUACAAGAAACUGCUUGCUGUGACUACUGGACCAGAGAAUGGGAUUGCCAGGAAUGGAACCAGUGGUUCUACAGAGCCACCCACAGCAGCUCAAGAACUGCAGCAAAAGCCUAGAGGCUUUGGGGAAGGUUUCCUUCCUUUAUAGCAGUCUCAGAAUGGCACCUGAUUUGUCGUUUUUAGCAAAAAUAUUUAGAAUCAUCCCACUGAGUAUCCUAUGGAAAAUUUUAUGCUAUAAGGCAUGACAACUCCAGAAGGCUAUAACUCUGGUUGUCCCAAAAAAGAGAUGAAAAUG